AUGGCGUCCAGCGCAACAACAGAGGCGUCCUCAGACGUCCGCCAGUCCCGUUUCGAGCAAGGCGUCGCCCUCUCCCUGAACCUGUGGCCCGCCCUCACCCUCGCCGUGCAGAACAACUGGGGCGGCGCCGACUCAGCCGACAAGCGCGACUGGUUCGCAGGCCAGGUCGUCGAGCAGUUCCCCCCAUUCACAGCAACAGCCACAGCCACCAACGGCACCACCACCUCACAAACACAACAACAAGGCGCCCAGCCGCAGGAGGAGCCCGACGCCGAGUACCUGGAGGAGCUGAUGCUGCAGGUGAUGCUGGACGAGUUCGAGGUCAACGUGGACGACGACACGGCGUACGACGUGGCGGCCGAGAUCGUGCGGCUGCGGGGCCAGUGCGCGCGCGGCAGCUUCGACGAGGUCGACCGCCUGCUGGCGCGCUGGCAGGCCCGCAAGGGCGAGAAGGUCCACUUCAAGCACGGCGAGGACCAGGACGCCGAGACGGACUGGGAGGAUGACGACGAGAACGAGGAGGACGGUUCCGAGGAUGAAGAUAUGGAGGACGCCCCUGCGCUUGUCGAGACAGCCGCUGCGCCCAAGAAGGACAAGGCGCUGCCUGAGGUCGACGAGGAUGGCUUCACCAAGGUCACGAGGAAGAGGUGA